AUGGGAAAACGCAAGUGUCCUCAGAAUAAGAAGCAAGAUGGCGUUUGUGGCUGCCCUCCGUUUUGGAGGCGCUCUAAAGCCAAUCCACUAUCCAACGUCAAGGACUUGUCUACACCAAGCACCAAGCUCCCUCCCGAUACUAUUAUCAUUGACAACGAGCUUGAGAAUGACAGCGACUUGCAUCAGCGAAGGCGACAAAAGCGAGAGCAUAAUGUCUUCCGUCAAGAUGGCGAGGUAGGUCCUGCGAGAUCGAAGCUCUCAACGUACACGAAUAGCAAAGUCUUGAUUGCAAAGCAUCCUGGAAACAAACAAGAUAUCGCAAAGAUGAACACACGAGCACAGGAGAAGGCGGCCGUGAAGGAGAAGGCGAAGGCGAAGGUGAACACGCCGGUACGGAUCUUGGUCGAUUAUGUCUUACCCACUGGUGCUGAGCGGUUGGAUUGGGAUACAGACGAAGUCCGUAGAAUGGCUGGCGAGAUUGAGGGUGGAGGAUACAGGGCUUAG